CGCGCGGCGUUUCCUUCCGGGGCGCGGCCCGCGCUGGCGCGUUUCGGUUCCGGGCCGGCGCUGCGGGCCCUUCCCACCCCCGGCAGGGGAAGGGGGCAGCAAGUUUUCUUCUUACUACAUCAGAAGAAAAAAAGGAAGGCAGCACCCCCAUUUCCUUCCUGCUGCAUGUAACUCACAGCACUCCAGUAGAGUCGUGCACCUGCAGCUGGGACAGCCAUGGAGAAGAGUGGGAACAUUCAGCUGGAGAUUCCUAACUUCAGUAACUCUGUCCUGAGCCACCUGAACCAGCUGCGCAUGCAGGGUCGGCUGUGUGACAUCGUGGUCAACGUGCAGGGCCAGGCUUUCCGUGCGCACAAGGUGGUGCUGGCUGCCAGCUCACCCUACUUCCGUGACCACAUGUCCCUGAACGAGAUGAGCACCGUGUCCAUCUCCGUCAUCAAGAACCCUUCUGUGUUCGAGCAGCUCCUCUCCUUCUGCUACACUGGCAGGAUAUGUCUGCAGCUGGCUGACAUCAUCAGUUACCUGACAGCUGCCAGUUUCUUGCAGAUGCAGCACAUCAUAGACAAAUGCACGCAGAUACUCGAGGGGAUUCAUUUCAAAAUUAACGUGGCCGAGGUGGAAGCGGAAUUGAGCCAGACUAGGACGAAGCAUCAGGAGAGACCGCCCGAGUCUCACCGGGCGACGCCAAACCUAAACCGCUCCCUGAGUCCGCGUCACAACACCGCCAAGGGGAGCCGCCUGGGCCAGGUUAGCACGGUGCUGGACAUCCGGGAGCUAAGCCCGCCCGAGGAGUCCACCAGCCCCCAGAUAAUCGAGCAGAGUUCCGAUGUGGAAGGCAGGGAGCCCAUCCUGCGGAUCAACAGGGCAGGACAGUGGUACGUGGAGACGGGCAUGGGAGAGCGCGGGGCGCAGAACGACGAGGAAGUGCGGGUGCUGGGAGGAGUGCGCAUUAAGACGGAAAACCUGGAGGAGUGGCUGGGGGCAGAGCACCAGCCCUCGGGAGAAGAUGGGAGCAGCGCUGAGGAGGUCACGGCCAUGGUGAUCGAUACCACGGGCCACGGAUCGCUGGGCCAGGAGGCCUUUGCCUUAGGCUCCUCUGGAGCCAAAGUGGUCAGGCCGACCAGCAGUGAGAUUGACAGAUUUAGCCCUUCUGGCAGCAUGGUUGCUGUGACCGAGCGGUACAGAUCGAAAAGCGAGUCUCCCGGGCGGAUGGAUGAGCCUAAGCAGCCCAGUUCCCAGGGGGAGGAAUCUGCCAUGCUUGGAGUGAGCGGUUACGUGGAGUAUCUGCGGGAGCAGGAGGUUUCAGAGCGCUGGUUCCGGUACAACCCACGGCUCACGUGCAUUUACUGCGCCAAAUCCUUCAACCAGAAGGGCAGCCUGGACCGGCACAUGCGGCUCCACAUGGGCAUCACCCCUUUCGUGUGCCGCAUGUGUGGGAAGAAGUACACCCGCAAGGAUCAGCUGGAAUAUCACAUCCGCAAGCACACGGGCAACAAGCCCUUCCACUGCCACGUGUGCGGCAAAAGCUUCCCUUUCCAGGCCAUCCUCAACCAGCACUUUCGCAAGAACCACCCCGGCUGUCUGCCCCUGGAGGGGCCCCACAGCAUCUCCCCCGAGACCACCGUCACGUCCCGGGGGCAGGCAGAGGAGGAAUCCCCUCCACAGGAAGAGGCUGUGGCGGUGGGGGAGACGGCACAGGGAUCUGUGUCCACAACCGGGCCGGAUUGAAUGCGGCUGUGGAGUCCAGGAGAAAGGACCGUCUUCCCAUUCCUGGCUCUAAAGAGUCAGCACCGACCCGGCAGGCUGGUACUGUAAUUAGUGCAAUGCCACCACUGAACAGAAAGAAGCUCCCAAGAUGUUGCCAAAAUAGAAAAAUCUCUCUCUUUCUCUCUCUUCCUCUCACACACCCACACACACACCCAUAGAGUGUUAAAUGUUUUUCUCCCUUAUUCCUCCUCCUCUUGGAGAAAAACAGAACAACUGUGUCAAUCAACUUCUUAUUCAGGGAUCGACAGGAUUUUAAAUUUUUUUACUGUUCUGUAGUGAUCUGGGACAAGCAGUCAUUUGUAUUUCUGGACAGCGCUGUGGCCCAGCAGGGCGUCCCGCCGGCGGUGCCGGGUUCAGCCACAGAGCCAUAUCCACUGCUCCCGCUCGAGGGGAGAGCAGGGGCAAGGGGCCGUUGCCUUUCUCCCUUCCCCAGGUAGUUGCCACAGCAAAGAAAACAAAAAAACUGUAAACUGUCCUGGUGGAACCUGCCUUGCCCGAGUGUAUUUAUCCCUGUCUGAUUUUGGUGUGUCUCUUUACGUUUUUAUUUAAACUGUUAUUUUAGGGCUUUGGGCUUGCUCGUUCCAGGCAUGCAGCCCUGGUGCCCCUUGUUAAAGUGGGCACAGCUACAAAGUGGUAUUCCAGAGGUCAGCAAAAUGUGAAGGAAGUACUUCAGCUACUGAGAGUGGAAUUUAGCAGCUGUGAGGUUUGCAUGAGACUGAUGCAUUGGGAGAAGGGCUGGAGGGGUCUUCCAGAGGAGGUUGUCCUCUGCUGGUGCUGAUCUGGAGAGCUCAGAGCACUCUGAGGUCCUGACUGGAGCGCUGCCAUGCUUCAGGUAGUGCCAAGGAUUAGGAAGAGAUUUUCUGGAGUUGCUGAAUUGCAGAGUUAGAGGCUGGCUACCAAAGUCCUCUUUCACCCCUGCUCCCCCCUCGACACACACUUGAUCUUUUAGAACAGCAAUACGGGAUAUGGGAAUACUGCAAUGCUGUUGUCACAGCUGAGCAAUCGCAGGUGGUUGCUUUUAAACCUGUUUCUACAAACUAGUUUGAUAACUUUUUUAUCAAUGAAACGCAAAAAGAAAAGAGAACCCUACUCUAUUUCCUUAUAACAGUUCAGGAGAUUUAAAAGUGAAUGGUUCCUAGAGCAAUCACAACUCUGUCCCCUUGCAUGGACUUAACAUUUUUGUAUUCUGAGUAGCUCUGAUGUUUAGAGCAAGUUUAGCAAACCUGGAGAGACAUGCCUGCGUGUGUAUUGUAGGUGUUUGCACGAGCUUACGUGGUCCAUAACCAGAAAAGCAUGGGACAGGCAGAUAAGUGCAAAUAUCCUGACAUCUUUUUUUAAAAAAAUAUGCAAUAUUUUAAGAGUUUUCUCUAGUUCUGAUGCCAAGUUGUUCAUGAUGAAGGGGGGGAAUGGACGACAGGCUGUGCGUAUCAGGUUUGGUGAAGGAGUUCUCUUGAGGAUGUAUAAUGUGUAUAUGAUGAGGAAGGGUGAAGUUCUGAACUUUAAGGUGAUGGGAGGAACAAGGAGACAUUGAAAAAGAAAUAAACUUCAUCUUGCUUCAGCAAGAAAGCUGGAUGAGAGGUGAGAGCAGGGGCUUAGCAGGCAGGAGCCUGACCAAGUGACAAUAAACUUGGCCUGCUGUCUGACUGCAGUCUUGGGCACAUGGAGACAUCUCCAGCCCUUGCUUUCCCCAUCUGCAAAUUGGUACUUGGGAUCAUUUUCCUGCCCCUUUGGAGGGAAUAAUUUGGAGAAGGUGAUGUAUUCUUGCCUUGAUUGAUAGGUUUUUUUAUAUGUGAGGGGUCUCACUGUUCCUCCCAUCUCUCUCUCAAAAAGAGAUGUGGCUCUAAUGUGUUUUUGUGUGUGGGAAAGGGCUCGGUGCCAGUAUCACAUGUAACAGAGAUGUGAUCCUACAAGAGGAACCUUUGCAGGCGUUCUGAGCUGGGUACCUGCAAAGUACCAUUUCAUUGACCAUUUCAAACAGGAAAACUGAUAUUUCACCUCCGUUUUCCUUCUGUGCCUUCUUCCUCCUCUCCUGUCAAGGGCAUCCAUCACACAGGGAGUGAUUUGGCCACCCAAACAACCAGCUCCGUCAGGUUUCCUGGCAAAGGUCAGACAUCACGGUACCAAAACAGUGAGGUUGCCAGAGAGCAGUGGCAGAGGAUGAGGUGAGAGGGUGGCCAAGGUAGGUUUUGUUGCAAUCAAGGUGCAGGGAGGAGUGGAGAUGUGCUGCUUUAGUCAUAGCUUUUGAAGUUACCAAAAAUGAAAAAAAAAAAAAGUUAAAAACUUUGAAAUCCUAUCCUGUUCACACUAGAGAGCAUAAAAAGUUACUUUUAGUUGCUUAAAAGAUUUUUAAGUGUUUUAAAAUAGAAAUUUUAAAAUAAUACUACCAAACUAUAAAAACAUAAAAUUAUUUAUAUACAUAUAUUAUAUAAAAAUAUAGUGGGAAAGUUUCCCUGCUAAGCUUGCUGUGAAGAGAAGGGUGAAGGUGCAGUAACUGCUACACGAGCAACAUUUCUCUGAGACAGAUGGCAACCGUAGUGAAGAAGGGCUGACAUAAAAUGGUGAAUGCCUUUGUUCCCAUGGCAUAGCUGUGAGUUUCUUGAGCAGGUUUUUAUUUUACUGUAUCAAUACUGUGAACGGAGAAGCAUCCAAACAGUACAGGAUGCCAACAGCGUGUCCUGUUUGCUGAUUCACUACUUCAAGUGGCCUGGUGAAAACCAUGAAAUUAGUCCUUCAUACCUUACUAGGCUGAAAACAAAGCUUGUGAAAGGUUUUUAUUUUUUCCUCCUUUAUGUUUGCUUUUCUUUUUGGUUUUUUUGUUUUGUUUUGUUUUGUUUUUUUGUGCAGAGGUUGCCACUGUAUAAAUGAUCAUUUCUGAUUGCAUGCAAAAGAGCCAAUAUUCUUGCCCAGGCCUCGCUGAGGUGAAGUUUAUAGCUUGUAGCUAGAGUCAGUAUAAGGUAUGGUAGUGGGAAUCAUUUUGAUAUUAUUUCUGUACAUUUAAUGGAUGUGUAUGUAUGUGUGGGAAUCAUCAUGUCUAAUAUUUCUUGAACAGUGCUGAACCAGUUCAGGCCCAUCCGCACUAGACAGUGGAACCAGUGCUGAAGGAAUCGUUAUUGAACAUUUCUUUCAAGGGUCGACUUCCUGAGUGCAGAUGAGACCAAGGUUCAAGAAAAAAGGGGUUGGAGGUCCUGUACGGUAUGGAGAAACCUCAUGUGAAUUUUCUGACAGUGGUGUAGCUACUUAGAGGUGCUUUCCCUAACAGAAUGAUACUGUGUCCUGUUGCUUCUGCGUUGGUGUGGCUCUUUACAGUUGCACCAAAGCUGUGGAAAAUCAGAUGCCAACUUUCCAAGUGUGAAUGCUUCUGUGAUGGGUUGAGGCACAGCUUUGCAUUCCCACAUCUAGCUGCAUCUUGUUCUGCCAAAACUGUGAUUUCAACUGUGAUUUAAGGAGGAUGUGAAGAGAACUCUUGUGUUUUAAUACCUCUGUACGUAACAUUUUUGUCUGCUUUAGAGUUAGGGCUUACUAACCCAUUUAUUUUCUUGCCUCAGGCAACAAGGAGAACACACUCUGGUUUUACAGUUUGCUUUCUUGGAGGUGGACAUGGUUCUUUGCUGUCAAAGAACUCACCUCCCAAAUGUGAAGAGUUGUGGUUAUCUCCUUAAGCCUGCAGCAAGCCCUGGUGCCAAGUGUCAGCCAAGUGACAUGAUGGUUGCCACGGCUGUUCCCUGCUGCUGCCAGGUUACCUGUGAAUAGCUGUGAAAAUAGCAAGAAUUGUGUUAAUACUGUGUUGCUGCUUUGGAGAAAAGCGAAACCUCUUUGUCUCAGGAGGAUGACUGAUGUGAUGCUGGGAAAAGGAGAAGGCCAAAAUGCAGUGAGAGGAUGUGAGAACAAAUUGUGCUUUGUAUUUCCAGCAGCUAGAGAGGGAUGAAUGAGAGGCUUUGUGGAAUGUGAAUUUGUUGCAGGAGGCUGAGGACAUGCUUAGAGCUAACUUAGUAAGAUGCAGGAUAGCCUGGUGAGAGCCAGAGCAGCCAGUGCAAAUGGGCAGUCCCUCCUCAUCCUCUCAGCAUUAUCCACCAUCAGGUUCAGUCCUUGGACUUUCCUACAUUUUCUCUACAAUAUCCUCAAGCUGUGACCUGUAUAAUUUAACUUUAGUUUGGGUGCUGGGAAGAACAGAAAGCAUGUUGUGUCUCUGUUGCUGUUUUAAACCCAGAGAGGUCGGCAGUGACUGACCCCAUUCCCAUCUGACAGCUAUACAGAGCUGGAAUAGCACUGGGAACAAGCUGAAAAGCAUCAUGGGGCUGGCUCAGCACACAGGGCACAGAGCCAAGAUUUCAGCCCUCUGUGAGCUCAGGGUUGAAGUACAUGGACAGGACAGCUCUCCCUGCUUGUCCUGCUCUCAUUUUGUGACAGCUCUGUGGCUGCAUUUCCGUCCCACACCUCUGCAGUAGGAAUGUCACUUAACUGUGGGAUGCCCAUUUCAGGAAGCGAUUCCAAGCAGUUUGCUUUUGGAGUAGAGUCCUUGCCUCUUGUGGGUGAUGCAGCCCUAACAAGGCCUUUGCAAGAGCAGAGUUGUAGUUUUUAUUUGCUGUUGACAUCAUCUCUCCUGCAGAAUCCAACAUAUAAAUAGGAAGACAGCUGCAAAGGUGCAGCUGAUCAAACUGAUUUGGGUGGAAGGUGGUGUGGGAGGUAGAUAGGAUCAUGCUCCUUGAAAACUAACAAAAACCAGCCUUUAAAAUUAUUUAAACUUUAGCAAACUCUCCUCUUUGAUCCGUGACAUGCCUGCCAAUUUAGCUGUGUCGGCAUCCAAAUGUUUCUGCAGAAUAGUGACAUCAAAUGCUGUUCAGGCUCUGCUGGAAAUAUUUUGGAGAUGGGAGAAGUCCCUGCCCAUGGCAAGACGGUUGGACUAGAUGGCCUCUAAAGGUCCCUUCCAACCCAUGCUAGUCUGUAAGUCAAGAAGCUAUAAUUCAGAGAGACUUUUUGCCAGGGUCUGGGAUCUGAGUUUUCCCUAGGAGCUGAAUCUGUGGCCAGGACUGCAGUUGGAAAGCCUGGGAUCCACUGCCACAGCAAAAUAAUUGUGGUGAGCAUUGCUCCUGUCACAAGGUGAGAGCCAUGCACAGGGUUUUGAUAUCUGCAGUUAAAGGGCCUAAAGAGGAGCUCAGAAUCCUUAUUUUAAUCACUGUCAUUCAAAGGAUAUUUUAAAAUAAAAUACAUAUGUACCUGUGUAUGUAUAGUAUAUAUAUAUGUAUUUAUAUAUAUAUAUAUGUAACCAAAUAGAAGUUAGAACUAUGCAAACAAUACUGGCUGCUUCUUGAAACUACCAGAACAUUUUGGAAUAGAGUAGAUUUGGAGUAGACUUGCUGUGGAGGUUUUUUGUUUGUUUUUUGUUUUGUUUUAUAACCAGUAAAAUGCAGCAGACCAAAGUUUUGCUGCAGGUAGUCUUUCUAGAAACGUAGGUUAUUCCUUACCUGAAACCCACACAAGUGGGUUAUACAAUUAUUUGAAGAGUCCUACCAUCUCUAAAAUAUUUCCAUCUGCUGAAAGGCUUUGGCUUGGCAAACACAGAAAAACACAGAGGCUGUGAAUUAGGAGAGAUUGAGUGUGAUGUUUGGGCUGAUGGAAUCAAGAAAGGAUUGGGAGCAUUUUCUUUUGGAUGUAGGAUUGAGUUGGUUUCAAGGAAUCUUCCUACUUGGGAAAAUGUCCAUUGCUGAGAUGGAGGCAGUGAUCAGAGCAUCCCUGGGAUGAAUUCUACUUUUGAUGGAGGUAUUGGAAAGCUUCCUGCUGAAUCUGAUGGUACAAGAGUUUAGGCUGCUGGGAGAAAUUCCACAUGGUUUCUGCCAUUUCUUUGUGUCAGAUCUGAUCUUUGCUUUUAGGAUUAUCUGCAAUGUAUCUGUAACUUUCAGUAAGCUUUGGCUUUUUAUUCCUGGAACUGUAGACAAUUCAGGUUUCCCAUAACAUUAUCCUCAUCCCAACUGUGAACAAGUUACUACUGCUUCUUAUAAUUUAUUGUCUUUCUGUUCCUGAAUGUCUGUGUGAUCCAGCUGGUCACCAGCACCACCUUCCAGUGCUUCAUUAGCUUUUAUGCACAGGGAAUUGUUGCAAUGGAUAAGUAGUUGACCAUGCUAGUUGGAAGAGUAGAAGCUUUUGGAGAAUGACUUUUGCUUCCUCUAGCUGUCAUUAGGGAGUGCACACACACAUACCUGUAUAUACAUAUAUAGAAACAAAUAUAAUGGUGUUUCAAUAUAAACUCAUUUAGCAUUAUUCUUAUUUAAUUUAUAUUUUAAUCUAGUUGUAAACCAAAGUAUUACAGCUUGUGAAAUGAUGUCUCUCGGAAAUAGGAGGAACCUUUUUUAGGUGGGAAUUCUGAAAGGUCUUUGGUGACAAAAACAUGGCUAGGAGUAAGACUUAAGAACUUGUGCUGCUGGGGAGUUGCAGCCUUGAAAGGAUUUGAAACUUGCUGAGUAAAGUCAGAUGGUGGGGCCUUCUGAAGGUGUUCUUCAUGAUCCUUAACAGUUUUGUUGUAAAACAAGGACGUUCUGGCAAAGCCAGAAAUAAAAAGGGAGAAAACAGAAAAUCAGACUGUGACCUGGCACAGCCAGGAGCUGGGGAGGAAGCCACAAAACCAGCCACUGAUGUAUUUAGUGUCUAAUUUUAAAGUUUUAGGAAAUGAGCCAUUGCUAUUUAGUGGUGUCUAGAAGUGGUUGGGGGUUUGUUAAUAACUUCUGUGAAGGCACGUGUUCUGCUGUCACCAAUAGGAAGAAAUACUGAAUUCAAAGAUAAGAUCUUGCUGGUUUUUCUGUGCCAGGGAGUAAUUACCUUUCCGAGGAAUUAGCAAGUGCUAAGAACAAAUUCACCUCUAACAUGUCCCACAGGCUUGGCAGCAGCUCUGCUUCCUCUAGGGAGCAGGAAGAGAGCUGAAAUAAGGAGAGAGCUUAUCUGUUUUCAGCCCUGGCUGGUGCUGGUGGCAUUGGAACCACACAGGGGAAUGGGUAGAAAUGUGGAACAGCAGCAAAGCAUCACUGGGACGAUGUAGUGCAUGUAGCUGGCAUGCCAUGGAUGCUGUGGGCAGGGAAAUUCUGGGCUUAGAACCUGCUCAGGGGCAGGAGCAUGCAGGAAAUGCAGCUGCCUUGUGAGACAGUUGUCCAAAGAUGCCUAUUCUGGCACAUGACAGCGAGCAGCACCAGUGUUUUCCUUGCUGGAGCUGUGAAUAAUAAGAAGGAAAAGGGUUCAGUCCCCUGUGGGGGCAAGAUUUGCAUUGCAAAGACGCCAUUGGAAGGAACUGAAGGGUGGGAAGUGAAGGGUGGAAAGGGCAGUACUAGACUUCAAAGUGUCAUUUUUUGAGUUUUCUAGCAAGUGUUGAAGACUGAAGUUUGGUUUUUUCAGUGCUUUCUCCUUUACCUAUAUAAUUUUUACUAUUUAAACUCCACAGCUCAGGGAAGGGUGCAGAGAAGAUGGAGCCAGGCCCUUCCUGGAGGCACACGGUGGAAGGAGGAGCAGCAGUAGGCAGCAGUUUAUACAAGGGAAAAUCAGGUUAGGUAUGAUAAGAUAUUAUCUCACCAUGAGUACAGUCAAACAGCAUUGGAUCAGGCUGUCCAGAGAGGCUGGGAAAUCUCCAUCAUGGGAGAGUGCAGCCUCUAAGUUCCUGUUUCCAUUGGACUGCGCCAAGCUGUAUUUUUGUUACCUUUUUUUUUUUAGUUUUAUCAUGUAAAAUUGGCAGCUUUACUGGCCUUCCUAGUUUGUAUCAGUUAAGCUUUUGAAACAUGUUCAGGUAUUUUUAAAUACUGCUGUGUAAGUUCCUUGUUUAAUCUGACAUACUCUGAUUUAUUAUUUUACUGCAGUUACCUAAGGCAGUACUUAAAAAAAAAAAUCAGUGCAUUAAUUUUUUUGCAGACUUUCAGCUUAGUUUUUGAUAAUGUACCUAACACCCUUCCCCUCAGAUCCAUGGUGAAAUGGCUGCAUUAUUUUUAUACUGCAGUGAGGCUUAUUUUUUUAAACUUUCCCAUUACCUUUGCAGUCAGACCCAAUAUCAUUGGCUAUGAAACUGUAAAACUAAUGAGAAAUGAAAAAUGAAGUUGGAUUGAUUCAUUUACUGCUGGACAAAAAAUAUAAAGUGGCAGUAUAAAAAGAUAAAAUACAGUUUAAAUUAGUUACUCAAAUCACAAAAUGGUUUGGGUUGGAAGGGACCUUAAAGCUCAUCUUAUUCCAACCCUCCUGCCAUGGGCAGGGAUGUCUUCUGCUAGAAUUCCAAUAGAAGUUACCGAGUCUAGGGCAGGGGGAGGAGUCACAAAACUAGUCUGAGAGAAACAAAUUUUAACUUGAUGAUGCCAAUUAAUUGGUUCCCCAUUUGGUCAAGUUUUAAAAGCUUGACCAAAUGGGGAACCAAUUAAUUGAGGUUUCCCUGGCUCUGCUCAUUCAUCUAUGUGUCUUGGGCAUUGGUUUGAUAACGGGGGUUUGCGCCUCCAAGAGUGUUUUCUGAGAGUUUACAUGUCUAAAGAACCUCUCUGAAUUACUGUGAAGCUUUCCUUGAAUCCUUCCUUGCCUGUGCAUUGGUAACUGAACACAGCUCUUGCCUGCAAGAGGCCAGUGGGAUGAGGGUGGCAGCAGUGGGUGACACUAAUGAGAAGUGGACAGUGCAAUUCUCAGGCUGACAGAUUGGAUUUUGGGAAGGGGCAUGAAGCCCCAGCCCCACUGUGGCUGUCCCCAGCCCCAGGGCAUUCUUUCAGUCCAUGUUUGUUUGCAGGGGCUGUUUACAGAGCAGCCUGGAUCUCCACCAGAGAUGCAGGGUGUAGGUGGCAUGCAGGCACUUUUCUGAUGUGUUAGAAGAUUUCCUAAGCCAGGGUUGUGCUGUUGGGGGAAGCACCCUGGGUGGGAUUGCAAGUAGAAUUUUGUUGUACCCUUUGCUUAAAGCUAAUUCCUUUGGCUUCCCCUCUAAGGCACUGGCCUGGGCAGAAAGCUGACACCAGACAGCUUCCAGGGCUGUGCUGUCACAGGGCAAGUGCCAGUAAGGAAUAUUGGUAUGGUGUUGUUCAAAUAAGGCGUGGUUCUUUUGUGUUGGUGGGUAACAUGGCUGACAUUUAGGACAGGCAAGAGCAAUCCUGGGUGGCAAAAGAGACCUUUCUGAAUAAGGUGUUUUAGAGGCUGAAUGAGGAGGAGAAUAACAUGCACCUGUGUGUUCUUGCAGUAACAUAUUCCUCACCUCGUGCCCUGCACUUGCAGGGAGAAUUAGCGAAGGAUGAGAAGACUGGAUCAGAUGGUAAUUCAUGGAAAUGGAAGCAAGGUAUUCAAAGCACUGCUUUAGUCUGAAAAGGGAGGGGAGUGAAUGCAGUUUUCCCAAGCCUUUAAUGUGUUGAACACUAGCUGAAGCUCCCAUGAGCUGUGUCCCCACUGUCCCCAGAGCUCCCCUCUUUUCCCUGGUGUCACCCCACCUUCCCUGCACAGCACUGUGAAUAUGAUAUCUGUAGCUCUUUUUAAAACUUUGGUUUUUUCCAUUAAAACUGCUCAGAGCAGGAAAUGCUGUCCUACUACAGGAGCAGACAGGAUGUGACCCCUAAACAGGGCAUGGAUAGUUGAGUAGUGGGAGAGAGAAUUUUUAAGAGUUAACAAGGGAAGUGGCUUUGUAUAGCAAUUUGCUAAUCAAAUUUCAUCUUGUAACAAACUUAACUGACAAUCAAUUUCUAAAAUACAAAAGCCUCUUAGAGGAAAUAGUCAAGUAUAUCUUCACCAGAAAGAUUUAACUGGGAUAACUUAAUAAAGAGCACAGGAUUUUUUUUUUCCUCUUUUUUUUUUUCUUCUUUUUUUUUUUUUUUUUUUUUUU